CAGCAGUAAACAGAUGGAGCUAGAAGGGAGGUGUAUAAUUACUAUGUAUCCUGAUCCCAUAGAGAUAACAGCAGUAUACAGAUAGAGCAAGAGGGGAGGUGUAUAACUACUAUAUAUCCUGAACCCAUAGCUAAAGCAGCAGCAGUAUACAGAUAGAGCUGGAAGGGAUGUGUAUAACUACUAUGUAUCCUGAUCCCAUAGAGAUAACAGCAGUGUGCAGAUAGAGCAAGAGGGGAGGUGUAUAACUACUAUAUACCCUGAUCACAUAGAGAUAGCAGCAGCAGUAUACAGAUAGAGCUGGAGGGGAGGUGUAUAAUUAGUAUGUAUCCUGAUCCCAUAGAGAUAACAGCAGUAUACAGAUAGAGCAAGAGGGGAGGUGUAUAACUACUAUAUAUCCUGAACCCAUAGCUAAAGCAGCAGCAGUAUACAGAUAGAACUGGAAGGGAUGUGUAUAACUACUAUGUGUCCUGAUCCCAUAGAGAUAACAGCAGUAUACAGAUAGAGCAAGAGGGGAGGUGUAUAACUACUAUAUACCCUGAUCACAUAGAGAUAGCAGCAGCAGUAAACAGAUGGAGCUGGAAGGGAUGUGUAUAACUACUAUGUAUCCUGAUCCCAUAGAGAUAACAGCAGUAUACAGAUAGAGCAAGAGGGGAGGUGUAUAACUACUAUAUAUCCUGAACCCAUAGCUAAAGCAGCAGCAGUAUACAGAUAGAGCUGGAGGGGUCGAAGAGUGAUGUAAUAAGUGAUGAUGUCAUCCUGUAGUUUACAGGUAGACCCAGGACUGACCACUUCAUCUGACACAUAAAGCUCUGUGGUUUACUGCAACACUAUGGAAUAUGUGCCUGAUAUUCGUCCUAUUGCAGUUAUUCUUAUGUGCGAUUCAUCAAAUAGUUUUCCACUUAAAGCCAUGGAGUCUACAAAACUGGAGACCGUUUGCAUUUUUGGCACAGGAGAUUUUGGACGAUCUCUCGGGUUCAAGUUGCUCCAGUGCGGCUAUUCUGUUGUCUUUGGCAGCAGAAAUCAAAAUUCUUCCAAUCUCGUUCCUAAAGGAGCAGAAACUCUAAGCCACGCGGAGGCAGCAAAGAAAUCCUCCAUUAUUAUCAUGGCCAUUCAUAGAGAAAGCUAUGAUUUCCUCACAGGCCUCGUUGAUGUUCUGAAGGGUAAAAUCUUGGUAGAUGUCAGUAACAAUCUGAAAAUAAACCAGUACCCAGAAUCUAAUGCAGAAUACCUGGCGGGAUUGUUACCAGAAUGUAAAGUAGUUAAGGCUUUCAAUACAGUCUCUGCCUGGGCCCUGCAAUCCGGAACAUUGGAUGCAAGUAGACAGGUCUUCCUGUGCGGAGACGAUGCCAAGGCAAAAGAGGCAGUGAUGGAGAUUGCCCGUUCUCUUGGACUUAUGCCCCUAGACCAAGGAUCUCUACUGGCAGCCAAUGAGAUAGAGAACUACCCACUACAACUAUUUCCAAUGUGGAGACUACCUUGUUAUAUCUGUGCGGGCUUUACAGUGUUAAUCUUCCUCUACUGCUUGGUGAUUCAUGUGUUUCAUCCCUUGGCUACCAAAAAAGAAGACACCUCCUACCUUAUUGUUAUUUCCAUUCCCAACAGAGUGUUCCCUAUUGUGUCCCUUAUACUACUCGCCUUAGUUUAUCUACCGGGAAUCCUCGCCGCCAUCAUCCAGCUCUACAGAGGCACAAAAUACAGCCGCUUCCCAGACUGGCUGGACCAGUGGAUGCUCUGCCGAAAACAGCUGGGACUUAUAGCCUUGGCAUAUGCUUUUCUACACGCUAUCUACACUCUGGUUAUACCUAUCCGCUACUUUGUACGAUGGCGAUGGAACAAUUAUUUAAUCACACAGAUAAAGGGCAAUUCUACAUACCCAUUCAGCAACUACUAUGCUUGGCUUUCUGACUCCUAUGUGGCAUUGGGCAUACUGGGAUUUUUCUUUUAUGUUUUAUUGGGCAUCACAUCUCUGCCAUCAGUAAGCAAUGCGGUCAACUGGAGAGAAUUUCGCUUUGUACAGUCAAAACUAGGCUACCUGACCUUGGUGCUGUGUACAGCACACACACUUGUCUACGGGGGAGACAGAUUCAUCUAUGGACCCUCCUACCGAUGGUAUCUACCUCCAGCUUUUGUGGUUUCAUUAAUAAUCCCGUGUGCCGUACUGGUCAUGAAAUUCAUCCUGAUCGUGCCGUGCCUGGACCAGAGGAUCACAAGAAUCCGACAAGGCUGGGAAAGGAAAUUGAAAACAGCCAAUAGUGACAGCUAAAACAUGCGGCCAUCCAUCUUAAUGCUCCAAUGCAAAAGGAAAAAAAAUGGGCCAGUUAAAAGACAACCACAAAAAACAUCACCAGGAAUGGGACCAUCUAAAAUCCCCAAUGGGCUGGGGACUGAGACUCCAGUCUGUCUCUUAUAUAGUGGAACAUUUUGUUAGGAUGAAGAUUGGGUUGUAUCUGGCUACAAGAGGGCUUGGGCCCAUAAAAAUAGGGGUUUGCCAACGUCAACUUUGGCCAUGGGCUACAUGAACCUUCUCCUACGUCUCAGCAGAGAACCAGUGUUGUCAGACUAUAUAGGUACAUACUUCAUGCACAAGGGAAAUGAUAACACCCAGAUGCCAAUCUAUUAAUAUAUUUCCAGGAGGAAUAACAAAGGGACAACAACAACCAAGAAUGCCAUCAUAAGAUGCAAUAGAAUUGCAUAUACAAGCAUGUACUAAAACAGACAGGUCAGGAAAGCCGAUAGGUCAUCUUUAUGUGUUUUAUGUAGACCAAUUUUAUUGGUGUUUUUAUCAUAUAACCAACAUGCACCAUAAAGAGAGCUGCAAUAUACUGUAUAUCAAUGACUUAACCAUGUAUUACAUUCCAUAUCUGCAUACUGUAUUAUAGCUAUGGGUGGUAUAACCUUACAACCUAAAGGGAAAGUCUACUUACAUGAAAAUAAAUCAUAUAUUUUACUACUUA